CACGUGCAGCGACUGAGUGUUCUCUGCCAGCCUGCAAAACAAGGAGUUCCUGCCCCCAUUGCAUUAUGGGACUUGUAGUCUAUUGUAUGUAAAGCAUUGCUGCAGCAGUUUGAGCCGCUGGGAGAGCACAUUCGUACAGUAAACGUGGCUGCAAGACCUUUACUGAAAAUGGCUUUGAAAAUCGGCAACUGCAAAAUUGAAGAAGUUAUUAUUAAAUGUCCCCUGGGGAAGAUUGUGUUAUCUGGAUGUGAAAAGGGAAUACAUGAGCUACGCCUACAGAGAGAUGCAGUGCCUGAAUCAAGGGCUCGGGGUGCCCCUGUGUCUUUCGAGGUAUGCAACGAUUCUAAGGAACUCAGCGCACCGUUGAAGCAAUGUACAGCCUGGCUCCAAACCUACUUUUGUGAGCCCUGGACCAUCGAGAAACUCCCUAUCCCAGAUUUCCACAAUUCUGUCUUGGAGAAAGAUUCAUUUACAAAAACAGUGUUGUUUGCUCUGCUGAAUGAAGUGAAAAUGGGUCAAACUGUUUCCUAUAAGGAGCUGGCUAAAAUCGCAGGCAACGAGAAAGCAGCGAGAGCUGUUGGAGGGGCAAUGAAGAGCAAUCCGAUCCCGAUUAUAAUACCGUGCCACAGGGUGAUUUGCAGCGACGGAAGCGUCGGCAACUACGGCAGCGGUAAAGCGAACCAACUGAAACCCUGGCUUUUGGCUCACGAGAAGCUACUGAAAGAAAUGUGAACGAUUCCGCUCUUUCAAAUUGCUCUUCACCUGGAGCGGCCGAGGCUCAUCUAACCCGGCGUAGCAUUCUUUAAGCUUUCAAAUGGCGCACUAGAAUGCGGGAAAUGGUAAAUAUUUGAGUGACAUAUAAAUAUAAUACAACAUCCAAAGUUGAAUGCGCGGUGGCACUACUAUAUUAAAAAACCCGGAUGUGUCCUGAGGGAUGCAGCUUGUGUGCCCUUUCUUGUUUUCGCAUUUCACAGCAGAAUGAGUACAGCAGACCGCGCUUGUGUUUUGUUCCUAUCUGCUGUCCUGUUUUGUCCUAUAUUUAAUGCCCAUUAAAGCAAGGGAGAGUGGGGGGGUAUGAUACAAUGCGAGGCUCAACUGCCCCUGUACGCGAGCAUCUGGCGCGACGAAGGGAUCGCCAGCUCUGUGUACCGCCAUGCGUUAUUGAAAGCAGAAUAAUACGUAGCGCACACCUCCCUAUUCCCGGCUAGCUCGUAGCCUUCAAAACCUCUAGCUUUGCCAACGAUGGCGUCCAACAUCCCCACCUACCCUUUGAUGUUUUAGUAUCGAAAACAAUGUUUUACAUAAGUUUGUUGGCAUAGAAAAAAAAGACGCCGAUUAUUAUUCAAGGAAACGGCUAGUUGUUAAGAUAUUUUUUUCCCCACGCUUACUUCUUUGUAGAUGUUGAAAAAUAUAAAAAUAACAAUUUUGGGUUUCCUGUAUAUUUUGGCCUUUUUUUCCCCUGAUGAUAAAAGCAGCAUUUACUCGUUGUAUGCUAGUUAUGGAAAAUAAACAAUUUAACAAGACAUAUAUAU